CGCCGUCCGCUGCCUCCUGCAGGCCCCGCGUGGAAACACCCGGGGAGCUGCCGAGAAACGAAACGGGAUUUUAAGUAUAAAUCAGUUGCUCAAGAUAACGUUUCAGGUGUGUUAGAGCAUAACAGCUGACCGCGAGUUAUUUUUCUCAGCUGAUCUAUAAAUAAACAUGAAGAAAUUAAAGCUUAAAGAACUGGAAAGCUGUCUUCAACAAGUUGAUACUUUUGAAAGUCCAAAAUUACUCCUGGAGCAGUAUCCGACAAGACCUCAUAUUGCAGCAUGUAUGCUUUAUACAAUUCACAAUACUUUUGAUGAUAUUGAAAACAAAAUAGUUGCAGACUUAGGAUGUGGUUGUGGCAUGCUUAGCAUUGGAAGCGCAAUGUUAGGAGCAGGAUUGUGUGUGGGGUUUGACAUAGAUGCAGAUGCCCUGAAAAUAUUUAAUAGAAACGUUGAAGAAUUUGAGCUCCCAAACAUCAACGCGGUUCAGUGCAAUGUUUGCUCUUUGUCUGAUGCCACGUCGGAUACUUUUGACACAGUUAUUAUGAACCCUCCUUUUGGUACCAAGCACAAUAAAGGGAUGGAUAUGGUUUUUCUGAAAACGGCUUUGCACAUGGCAAAAACAGCUGUAUAUUCCCUUCACAAAACAUCAACACGGCAACACAUUCAAAAGAAAGCAGAUGAAUGGAAAGUGAAGAUGGAAGUUAUAGCAGAACUUAGAUAUGACCUACCAGCAUCGUACAAGUUUCACAAGAAGAGAUCGGUAAGUGUAACACCUAAUCAGACUGAGAAAAAGCUCCAUACUGUAUUAGACAGGUAAGUGAGUUCUACUGAAUAAUGCUUAAGUUGUAGGGUCAAGGGUACUGGGCAGUGAAUACCGACAGCAGUUGAGAGGCAUCACUAUGAAGGCAUUCAGUUUCAUUAUCGUUACUGCAUUUAGUGGUGGGGCAGGAGGGUGGGGAAGAUGACCGAUUUUAACGCAAGCCAAAGCUGUGUGCCAAACAAGAUGAAAGCCAGCACUGCACCAGGUGUGAAGAAAGCUAAAAGUAGCUCUGACUCGCCCUUUAAUAGUUAUCUCCUUAAUCCUGUCUGCAACUGAAACUUCGAGUAAAGGGAUAAGCACACCAGGAGUUCAGAGGAGCUAGGAUGUUACAGCAGUAGGACAACUUCAACAUUCUGUUCAGCAUACUGCAGAUAGCAAAAGCUGGUAAAAUUCAGAGAGGCCCUCCUAAAGAGGGCAGGAGGAAGCUGUACGCUUCUGUCUCCCUAUAGGAGGGAGGCCAAGGUGCAAGAGUAUAAAAACUUUAGAGCUUGGGUUUAGGUGCUGAAAAUAAUUCUAGAAGACCCAAACACUUUACCUUGUUACCAUGAAAUACAUACUGAGAAUCCUGGGGCAGGCUGAUCAAGAGUUGAAAGUUCAAUUUGUUAUGUUAAAAUAGCGUAGGCCA